GGCGAUGGCUUGGGUGCUCAAGGCUAGGAGCAGGAGAAGGGUGGGUUUGAGGAACGCCAUGUUUGUUGGAUUUGAGGUGUUCGAACAAAUGUGCAAUGUUGGAUGGUCAGGAGCAGGAGUAAUAAGUGGGAGGGAAGAGUGCAGGACUUUUGUCGAAAACUGCGUAGACGUGGACGAAAAGUCAGAUGCUGACAAUCAGAGCACCGUCAUUGGUGUUGAUCGAGUGCAGCCUUUCUGGUUGAGAUCAGAUCAAGCCACAGGUGCAAGAAUAGCCAAGAUUCCGGGACACACAAAGGUUUUCACUGACAAUCACUGGGCGUGGGCUUGGAGCGCCAUUGGUCUUUCUGAGGAUAGUAGUCCUGUAAAUUGUGAUGUUGAAGUGAUGGUUUUCCUUGUGAAGGUCAAUGUGAGUGGUGAUGGAAAUUGGGAGGCUGGUUUGCAUCUUUUGCAAUUGAAAGACAAAUGGACCUGCGUGACUGCACAAAGUCAUUGUCGCUGCAGAGUACCUGUGUCUUCAUCAUCGAAAUUGUUAUGGUCAAAAGAUACAGUACCUCCUAAAGUCUUGCUUUCUGGUUCUGAUGACAGUUCAGUUCAGAGACACCAGAAUAGUCGCGAGGAUGUACCGAUCAACAAAGGAUACAUGUAUGCUGCGAAUGCUGUGAUGGCCAAUGUCGUCUCUGACUUCGAGUCCGUCCGUCAUCCUCCGAGUCCUUGGUCUACCUUGGUCGCGUGUGGAAGGAGAAGUCCAGCACGUUCCUGCUGA